UUCAGGCGAUGCUGCUAGCGUGACGUAUUAUCUAGUGGACGGUUCUUCAUAAACAGCUAGUCAACCUCGGUACCUUGCUAGCCAACAUAGCGGAAAGAUUCAAGCUAUUUUAUGCUUUCGGUAUAUAUUAGCUACUGUGUUUUAGACACCUCUGUCGUAUCUACUUGUUAACCUUACGUUAUUUUUUCUAAGUCAGCUAGAGUAGCUGGCUGGUUAAGUUAGCACAAGCCUAGUCGCUAAUGAUAGCUAGCUAGCUAGCUAAUAUCCCCGACCAUGAGCUCACUAAACUUCUCCCCUCCUGUUAAAGAAGAGGUCUGCUGGACGGAGAAAGAAGCUCUGGGGCUGAACAUUGUCGUGAAAGAGGAGAAGGAAGAGGAAGAUGUCACAGUAAAACAAGAAGUAGAGGGUGAGGCUGUCACAGUGAAAGAUGAGGAAGACACGUUCAGAGUGAAAGAAGAGGAUGACGAUGUUACUGUGAAAGAAGAGAAAUACGCAUUCAGAGUGAAAGAGGAGAUGGAUGUAACUGUGAAAGAAGAGAAAAAGGAGGAUGAAGUUUUUGAAGUAAAGAAGGAAGGGGAGAUUACUGUCACAUUGAAAGAUGAAGAGGUGGAGAUAGAUCUGAUAAACACCAGAGAGAGACGGGACUACUGUGGAUCCUCUGGGGAGCCUCAACAUCAUGAUGCUCAAGAGGGAGAGAAGAGUCUCUCCAGAUCAGAACACCUCAAGAAACACCAGCAGAGACCCACAGGGAAGAAAUCUCACUGCUGCUCUGACUGUGGGAAAAGAUUCAACAGUUCAUCAGACCUUAAAAUACAUCAAAGAAUUCACACUGGCGAGAAACCUUACAGCUGUGAUCAAUGUGGGAAUAGUUUUACUCAGCUAGGCAGCCUGAUAGUACACCAGCGGGGACACACAGGAGAGAAACCUUUUACCUGUGAUCAAUGUGGGAAGAGUUUUACUACAUCUAGCUCUCGAACUACACACCAGAGAACACACACUGGAGAGAAACCUUAUGGCUGUGAUCAAUGUGGGAAGAGUUUUACUCAUCUAAACAGCAUGAUAGUACACCAGCGGGGACACACAGGAGAGAAACCUUUUACCUGUGAUCAAUGUGGGAAGAGUUUUACUACAUCUAACUAUCUAACUAUACACCAGAGAACACACACAGGAGAGAAACCUUUUGGCUGUGAUCACUGUGGGAAGAGUUUUAUUCGGCUACAAUCCCUGAAAUCACACCAGAGAAUACACACUGGAGAAAAACCUUUUGGCUGUGAUCAAUGUGGGAAGAGAUACUAUGAUAAAAGAUCUCUGAUUAAACAUCAGAAAAUACAUGAAGGAGUUGUUUCAUGAUAAUGAAAUAAUGUCACAAUAUUGAAUGUUUUAACAUUGUAGGUCCAGUAUUUGAAUGAAUGUUAGAAUGUAGAACCCUAAACGUUUGCCCCCUGUUCAAUUGAUAUUAGCCUCAGGGGAAAAAUCCAGGCUCUGAAUUGAAAGAGUACUUCUGAGAUUUAACAGAAAGUGACUAACAAAAAAAUAGUUGUGUUACUACACUUACCACGUUGGUGACCCACUUGAAUCAAAAUGCAACACUAUAAAAUAUUUAGGUUUUCAAUAUUUCCCAAACGGUUUCUGCAUAUUGGUUGAUUUGGACAUGAUAAAACUGUGUUUUUACAUUGCGCUUUUCCCAUUUAGCAAAAUGUAAUUGAAAAGACAUUGAAAAUAAGACUAUGCCCGACAUCCAAUAUAUGUUCGGUUGAAAGUUGAAAACAUGUAUUUUCGGGUCGUUUUUUCAAUGACUUGAAAACAACUUCAUUUCAACUUACUUGCAGCCUAUACACACGGACGCAGUAUAAUAAAUGUGUAAUCAUUUUUAUUAACAAUCCUACUUCACUCCAGUAUUUCUUUACAACAUUCAAGUGCUAAUUGUCUUUAUUCCACUACUGAAGAAGCAUGUCUCAAAUCACCUCAUAUUUCAAAGAUACAUGUUUUAUAAUUCCACGCCUCACCAUUAAGUGAAUUAUUGCCAAUACAUAUUAACAAAGGGGUGUACAUUUGGUUUUGAUAUCAUAAUUUUUUAUGUAACCAACUGACAAUUUUGGGGUACACUUAUAUUGAUGUUGUUGCCCUGCUUUUAGAAUAUCAGGGAUCAUUCAUAGAUGUGCCAACCCAAAUGUACUAGAGCAUAACAUUGGGGACUGGGGUCUCGAUCCAACAACAUGCCUAUCUAGUGAACCCUGAAAAGAGAGAGAAGCUCUGCGGUGAGGUGGAAAGUUACUACGGAUAUCGCAGGAGUUUCCUCUUGAAAUCAGACAUGUCUGUGGUAAGGACAACUUGGUUUCUGAUUGUCUCAAGGGUUGGCAGUCAAAAAUAUGUUUGUUUUGCAUUUAAUCAGUGUGUUACCAUGGAUCACAAUUUAUUUUGACACGUUUUUCCGUGUUGGAGAUGAGUUUGAUCUCUUAUUCUUUUCCGUAUUGAAACUGCAUUGUUGGUUAGGGGCUCGUAAGUAAGCAUUUCACUGUUGUAUUCGGCGCAUGUGACUAAUACAAUUUGAUUUGAGUUUUGAUUUUCCGUAUUGGAGAUGUUUUGUGCUUGUUCCAAGGGGAUGAGAGUUCUAGAAGCUUGUGAGUUUUAGGAUUCUAUAGAAAGAAAAAGGAGAAAAGAUACGAUUGUAUAUUAUUAUUUAGAAAUACGUAUUUUUUCUCAUUGACAGCCAGUAGACACCAUGUUUAUAUUGGUGAAGGUGAAGCAUUGUAGUUGAUUAUAAUGUGAAAUGGAAGUUGUUUUCUGUUGGUGGUGAGCAAACAUGUCCAACAAAAAUAUAGGAUAUAUUUGUUGUCUUAAGGGGGAAGGUGUUACAGGUUUUGGUUUUUCCAUUUAUGUUUUGAGGUUGGA